AUGGCCACUAGUGGCGAAGCAAGCAGUAGCAGCCUCUGUGAGGACACGACGGCUAACUGCAACACACCUGCGGAGUCCUGCAGUAACAAACCCUCCUCCUGUGCACCGGAGUUGACCGAAUCCGCCGCUUCUCCACCAGGAGAAACAGAAUUGACGAGAUCAGCAACAAUAUACGGCAGCAGUGUGCCGCCUCUGAGUACGUACAGCUGUAGCCCGUUCUCGUUUGGCUACUCUUGGCUGCUAAGAAUUAGUAUUGUCUAUAGAUUCAUAAUUGGCGGUGUGUGGGGCUUUCAGGCCACAGCAUCUGUGUUUCUACUGCCGCAGCAACUGCUCCGGCUGUUCACUUUGGGCGGUUGUGGGCUGCUGCUGCUGCUCGACAUCGUCUCCGGGUUGCGGCAGACAUACACCCGACUGUUGCAGCAGCAGCAGCGGGAGUGGGUGCAGCGGAUGCUGCUGCUUCUGCGGCACACGGAGCAGCAAGACACCAAUCAGGUUCUCUUGAACCAACGGCAGCGUCUGCAGCAGCUUGUUGCUGCUGUGAGGCUAUGCAUUGCUGCUGCAGCCUCCUCUUCUGACUCUUCUGCUCUGAAGUGUGCGCCGGUGGGUUCAGGACCAGCAGGCGCAGCAGCAGAAGUGGAAGCUGCAGCAGUAACAGCAGAAGCAGCCGCAGCAGCAGCAGGAGCAGCCCCAGCAGCAGCAGCACAGCCGUCUAUUCCCCACGAAACCGAAGCUGCGGCUCAGUUAGCAGUGUCUGGAGAUGUGCAGCUAGCUGCAGUCGUCUUCGGAGCUCCUCCGGAGGCCAUAACUGCUGCAUGCGAUGUAGCACAGUUGCUGGAGGCUGAAAUGUUGAGGCAGUGCAAACUACAGCAGCAGCAACAAUCUCGAACAGCAGCUGCUGCAGCUGCUGCUGCUGUUGCUGCGGCUGGAGCCUUCCUAUGGGGGGCUGCGAAGUGUAUCAUCGUCUUCGUCGGCUGCGUUCUGCUUAUGCAUCUCUUCACAGACAUUCCUGCUGCUGCUUCUGUUGCAGCAGCAGCGGCAGCUGAUCCUCAACUCUCUCCUUGGUGGCUACUACUGCUUCAUGCACUCGCAAGAGGCUCUUUCGCUGCUGCUCUGAUGAACCAACACGUCAGCAGCUAUGUGGGAUUGACAUUUUGUCGUUCUCUUGACUACAAUACCAAAUGCAGCCGCAGAAAAAACAGCACCAGCAGCAGCGGCACCGAGCUUGCUCCGAAGCCGUUCAAUGUCCAUUUGCGCUUUUGUUUUGCCUUCUGUGCUCCCAUCAUUUGCUCACUUGUAGCCAACGCUGCUUCUGGUGUUGCAUUCGUCUCAGCAGCUGCUGCUGGAGAGCGACAUUGGGGUUGGGGAGGCCUCCUGCUCCUGCCCCUCGCUUUACUGCAGGCCGCACUGCAGCAAGUACUUCCACUGGAUUCUGUAGUUCUUCUGCCACUGAAACGGCAGCGAUCAGAAGCUGCAUUGCUGCUGUUGCUGCUACAGCAACACCAGCUCACCUGGUCAAUGCUGCCUAAGACGGAGGUGCUGCAGGAGUACUUUGCUGCAGGUACCUUAUUGACCGCAGCCGCCGCAGCAGCGACUUGCUGCAGCAAACUUUCUGCCCUGUGGGUUGCGCACAUGCGUUUGGAAGGUGCAGCAGAAGCAGCGGCAGCGGCUCAGCUGCUUGGGGUGAGAUCCGAGCGGCUGCAGCAACUGCCCUUAAGUGAACGGCUGCGCAGCAAAUGCCGAUGGGUAGCAGCAUCAGUGCAGUUGUUUUUUUUUCGUAUUCCUUGGAGAUGCGUUGGAUUUUUGCGCCGAUUAUUUGUAUUUGCUUUGGGGCUUUCUUGGCUGCUCCUGUUGCUGCAUGCCUUCCUGAACACGCCCCUGCUGCAGCGAAGCCAGGAAGCGGAGUUGCAUACUCCGUUGCAGUUGCUGCAGGAGGAGCUGCAGCAUCAGGAGGCAUGGGAGGGGCUGCAGCAGGCGUGGAACGAGAUAUUGGGUUUGCAACGAGAGGUGAGGGAGCGGCUAAGGGGCAAGAGCUGUUCAGAAGGAAUUGAGUGGCUGCUCCACCAGCUACAGCUAAGCUGGGAAGAGUACCUGCGAAGCAAGAGCGAACAAGCAGAUGAAUUGCAGCGUGCUCGUGAUCUCUUUGGUCUCUCCGAAGGCGCAUCGUCAACAGCAAUAAAGCAUCGCUACCGGCAAUUAGCCAAGCUGCACCACCCCGACCGUGCAGCCCAUAAUUCAUGCAGCAACAGCAACAGCAGCGGCAGCAGUGACAGCAAAGUGGCAGGCUGCGUCUGCGUGGAGGGUGCAGCAGAAAGAGGCCAGCAGCAGUGCACUUCUCGCCAGGAAGCGAUGCAGCAGAUCAAUCUGGCUUACGAAUUACUGCUGCAGCACGCAGGUGAGAGGUGA